GGUGCCAUGGAAGUGUCGGGGCAUGUUUGAUGACAUUCCAGUUAUAUUUUUCUCCAACACGUCCCACAGCAUGCGGGGCCAUCAUCGGUCUGCGUCCCGCUGCAGCUGUGACUUCUCAAUGGAGCUCAUUGUAGCGACAACACGUAGUUGGAGCCAGGGUGCUGAGCAGCGCAGUUAUUGCAAUCACGUUGAGCGCGCUGCUGUCUGUUGCAGUGGCAUCUUCCUGACUGUGUGUGAGAGAGGAACACAUCAAACGACCGUAGUGGUAAGGCUCCAAUUAUUCAUUGUGCUCAGGUGUAAAGAAGACCAUUCUGCUGCCGUAGCCGUUUUCUGACUCCUUGACAACCAACAAUCCCUAUCUUCCGUCUGUCUGCUGAAGGAUAGACUUGCUUGUUAAACAAAUGACACCUGGACUGGGGUGUCACUUCUGUUGAACCCCAAAAUUGCUGUGGAUGGUUGACAACAUUUCUUCUUGAGUCUUUCGCAGUUCAUUUUCACCCAAAAAAUGUGUAUCGCAAUGAUGAGACUGAGUACACUGUGGAGUGUGGUUAGCCUGUUGACUUUGUUGCUAUUGCCACUUUGGGAGAUGGGCUGCUCUGGCCUGAGCUUUAACUCAAUACCCCUGCCGCCGGUCGGGACGUACCAAAGAAGCUGCGAAGGGGGGGCACACCACAGGCAGAGGCGCAGUUGGGUGUGGAACCAGUUCUUCGUGCUGGAGGAGUACACAGGGGAUGAGCCACUCUAUGUGGGCAAGCUGCACUCGGACGUGGACAAGGGUGAAGGGCAGGUGAAGUACGUGCUCAAUGGCCAGGGAGCUACCUCCAUCUUCACCAUUGACGAGAACACUGGUGAUAUCCAUGCCACCAAGCGUCUGGAUCGCGAGGAGCAGGCUUACUACACACUCCGGGCUCAGGCCAGGAAUCGCAAAAACAACCUGCCCGUGGAGCCCGAGUCUGAGUUUGUCAUCAAGGUCCAGGAUAUUAAUGACAAUGAGCCCAAGUUCCUAGAUGGGCCCUACUCAGCCAGGGUCCCCGAGAUGUCCCCAGUGGGCACAUCUGUGGUGACGGUGGUGGCAACAGAUGCGGAUGACCCCACAUAUGGAAACAGUGCCAGGGUGAUCUACAGUAUCCUCGAGGGCCAGCCCUACUUCUCUGUGGAACCAAAGACAGGCGUGGUCAAGACAGCUCUGCCCAAUAUGGACCGUGAGGCACGGGACCAGUAUCUGUUGGUCAUCCAGGCCAAAGACAUGGUGGGCCAGAUGGGAGGACUCUCUGGGACCACCUCCGUCAUGGUGACUCUCACUGACGUCAACGACAACCCACCACACUUUUCUCGCAAAAGUUAUCAAUUCAGCAUGUCUGAGUCCCUGCCAGUGGCCUCAGUGGUAGCCAAGAUAAAGACGCUAGACUCGGAUGUGGGGCCCAAUGCUGAGAUGGAGUACAGGAUUGUGGAUGGGGACGGCCUCGGGUUGUUCCGAAUCACCCCCGACCGAGACACACAGGAAGGCCUCAUCACUCUGCAAAAGGGCCUGGACUUUGAGACCAAGUCGAGCUACACCCUGCGUGUCGAGGUGUCCAAUAGAAACAUCGACCUGCGAUUCCUCUCCCUUGGCCCAUUUAGCGACACAGCUACAGUGCGCCUCAUCGUGGAGAACGUGGACGAGCCGCCUGUCUUCUCCCUGCCGCUCAGCAAGAUGUUAAUAUCGGAGGCAGCAAAGGUUGGCACCACCAUCGGGACGGUCUCCGCGCAUGACCCCGACUCCACCAACAGUCCCAUCAGGUACUCAAUAGACCGCAACACCGACUUGGAGCGCUUUUUCAACAUAGACGCCACCACCGGUGUCAUCAGCACUGCCAAGCCGCUGGACAGAGAAGUCAACGCCAUACAUAACAUCACCAUCUUCGCCAUGGAGAGCUUGCACCCAUUACAAGUGGGAAAGGGCAUAAUUCUGAUCACAGUGACGGACAUCAAUGACAACGCACCCGUCUUCGCCAUUGAGUACGAGACCUACCUUUGUGAGAGUGCCAGACCUGGACAGAUCAUUGAGACCAUCAGCGCAAUGGACAGAGACGAACCUCAGAGUGGACACCGCUUCUUCUUCUCCCUGACUGCAGAGGCUGCUGGGAACCUCAACUUCACCCUGAGAGACAACAAAGACAACACCGCCUCUGUGCUGACCAAGCGAGGGGGUUUCCAGCGUCACGACCAGACUAUGUACCGCCUCCCCGUCCUCAUCAUGGAUGGCGGGAGCCCUGCCCUCAGCAGCACCAACACCCUGUCCAUCCGGGUGUGCGACUGUGACCCCGAUGGAGCUCUCCAGUCAUGUGGGAGUGAAGCCUCCAUGCUCUCAGCAGGCCUCAGCACUGGGGCCCUCAUCGCCAUCCUGGCUUGCAUCCUCACACUUCUAGUGCUAGUCCUGUUGAUCGUCACCAUGCGACGGAGGAAGAAAGAGCCCCUGAUCCUGGACGAGGAGCGAGACGUGCGCGAGAACAUUGUGCGCUACGACGACGAGGGCGGCGGCGAGGAGGACACAGAGGCCUUCGACAUGGUCGCUCUCCGCAACCUGAAACUGGUCCGUGAGAGCGGUGGCAAGACCCGCCGUGAUGUCACCCCGGAAGUGCCUACCCUCUUCUUGUCUUCUCGGCCACCGCCAGACAAUGGCAUCUUCCGCGACUUUAUCUGGGACCGGCUGAAGGAGGCCGACGUGGACCCGUCGGCACCGCCCUACGACUCGCUGCAGACAUAUGCCUACGAGGGCAGUGGCUCGGCCGCAGAGUCCCUCAGCUCACUGGAUUCCCUGAGCACGGACUCGGAACAGAACUACGACUACCUCAGCGACUGGGGGCCGCGAUUCAAGAAGCUGGCAGACCUCUACGGCCACAGCGAUGACGGUAACCUCUUCGCCUCUUAGCCCUCGGUUGAGCCUGCCAAACUGUUGGCAAGGACAAUCUAACAAAUGAGGGAAGGAAACUGAAGGAUACAAGAAAGCGAAUGUGAGAUGACGAGAAAGAAAAUGCUGUACUCAGAGGAUAUUUGAUUGGUGUAUAUAAAUGCAUCAAUGUCGGUGAGAAUAACCAAUAGGAUGUUGGUUUUCCAUUCAAAAUGUUUUUUGGGGGACUGGCAGAAUUUUUCAAAGAAUGAACUUUGCGAGAUUUUGUUAACUACAUUUAAUAUGAUGGAAAUUAUGCAAAGCUUAAGACGUUGGGAUGGGCUCCAGACCCUUUGGUAGGACCUCAACGCACAAAUUUCCAAACUUUCUCAAGUCACGUGACGUUCAAUUGUGACAAAGUGAACCAAUAUCUAUGCUCCAGUGUUAUUACAACAGUGACAUUAUCAAGUACUCCAUGUCGUGGUCAAAUGAAAACAGUGCCACCUUGAACUGGCCCUGUAGUCUGUCACAGGGUUCACUGUGAUCUGCAAUAUUUGUUUCAAAUGUAUAUUUAUAGAACAGAUUCUCAAUUUCUUUACUAAACAAGAUAACUCCUUAUGGAUUUUACAGCAGUUUUUUUAACAAUGGAUUUGAUCAAUUCAGGCUUACCGUGGUUCGUGUUCAGUAGGGAUCACCGUAGCAAAAUAUUUUGAAGCAGAAAACAGAAAUACGUGUUUCUUAUUGGACCAGUAGUCUCUGCCCCCUUUCUUCAAUUUGGUGCCUAAUGAACAUGGCAAUGAUCUCUCAACCAUUUAGAGUAUCAGAAAUAUUACAUUCCUAUACAUUUAUGUAGACACCUGCCAGGGAUGUCCCUUGUCACACUCAAGUUUUUAAUGAACAUGCUUUAAGGGUCACAGUGCCGCUGAAGGGUUUAUGAAGUCUCCCUCCAUUGAUGCAAGGGAACAAACACCUCUCACUUACAUUGCUCCGUUAACAACUUGACACACAGCAUGACGCUAAGAGCAGAAGCGUAACAUUGUUCCCCUAGGUCUAAAUUGAAUGCAGCGUAUUGGUAUCUCCAACAUUCAAAGCUGUUGUGACGUUUGUUUUAUGUAUCCUAUGAGGUGUUCUAGCUACCAUGUUGGUUUAAACUGUGUUUUUUUUAUGGAAACAUAGCUAUAGCAGCAUGGGAAAAUACAGUUAACAAUGUGUUGAAGAACAUUUACAGCAAAACUUCGGGCAUUUGUAAAAACACCAAGCCAAGGAGAAUGUCAAUUACUAUUUCACAUACAGUGAGUAUAAAUGUAUGAAGUCAGAUUAGUUUGAAAUAGACACUUAACUUGCAAAAUAAGAAAUAUGCAUACGUCAUGCUGCUUAAAACAUAUUUUGUGAGAGGGAAAUGCAAGGAAAAGCAGCUGGAAAAGCUUUUGAUUGAGAGCUCUUUAGGUUUAGGUUUAUAUGAACAUAUUGGUAUAUAUGCAGAAAUACAUACAAUGCAAUGUCAAUACAAUGUAAAAGAUACAUGACAGCCCUUCUGAAGCUGAUGACCAUAUCCUUGGUUUUCUUUUCAUUCACAUACAGGCAGUUGGUUUUCCCCAUUGGGCUACUGCACAUACUGCUGCAUGUGUUUGGCCAGGUAGCUUGCCAGGGAGCAAACAUCUGUGAAUGUGAGGUCAUCAGCCUACUUGACAGGAUGGAUGCUCUUUGGGAGGCUGGAGUCUAUGGUGAUCAUGCAUAGCACAAACAGUAGGGGAGAGAGCAUGCCACCCUGGGGAACUCCAGCUGGGACUGGCUGUGAGUCGGUGAGGUCGAGAACAUGCCUUUCUGUCUGCUUGCGGUUGCCCAGUUCGCUCUUGAUGGAGAUCCAUAGUGAGUGCUCCAUGCUCCCCUAGAGUUAGUAAGAGAUGGCUAUGGUUUAGGGUGUCAAAUGCUCUGGAAAAGUUUAUGAAGGUUACAUGAACAUCCUGCUUUGGCAAUUCAUGUGAUGCGUUGUGCCAGAGCAGACACUGUUGACCUGUUCUUCACAAAGCCAUGUUGUGAGGAGUUGAUGUUAUGAGCAGUCUCCUUCUACAGUAUGUUGUGUUCAAUUGCUCAUAGAUUUUUCCCAUGGAGCUGAGGAGAGAGAUUUGCCUGUAGUCUUGGAGGAAGAUGGGGUUGCUCUUUUUAGGCACAGCAUAGAUGGACUUUUUCCAUUGAGAGGGGGAAGUGGCUUUGUUCCAUAGAUAAGUUGAAGAUGUCGCACCGUACUGGUGCAAGCUCCUUACAGUACGUUUUAGGAACCAGGGAGGGAUCUCGUCGGGCUUGCAGACUUCUGCCCAUUCAGCCGCUUCAGAUGGGUUUUGAUCUGGCCAAUGUUGAAACUUGGGGGGACAGACGUUUGUAAGCUUGUUUUCAACAGCCUCAAUUUCAUGCAUGUUGUAACAUUCCCAUACAGAGGAAAGUGGGCACUGAGAAUGUCACAAUCCCUCUGAGAAUCCUGUUGAUUGAGGGCUGAAAGGUUUUCUCUGGUCUCACUUGCACCAAUCAAGCUUUUCAAGGAUUUGUACUAGCCAGCAAAGUUAAACGACUCCAGCUGUUGGACUUCUGCUUGGAAGUACUCUUUCUUGGCAAUUUUCACCAGAGCUGCAACUUUCUGCUGAAGCGUCUUUAUUCUGACUGUGAAAGGCUUUCUGUCUGCAUGAGCUGAGGCUGAGUCUGUGUGUGUGGUCAUCCAUUGCUUGUCUCUGGUGGUCAGUUAGCUUUUUUUGAUGGAGAGAUUACUAUUGAGAGUAAUUUUUAGGAAAGAGUUAAGUUCAUCUGUCUGCUCUUGGCAAUGUUGUGCUGUGUAGACUGAUGUGAAACGAUCUAUAUUUAGUGCCAUGGAGAGAGCUCUUAGGUUGUCAGAGGUACAGUGUUUGUAGAUGUAUUGAGCUGGUGAUUUAGGGAAUUCACCUGCUGACCACAAUAUGGUCUCGUGAUCCGACUCACCUGUCAGUGGUAGAUGUUUGGAUUUGGAGUAUAGGCCUUUCAUGAUGGUAAAUAUGGAGUCUAGCUGAUUAGCUCCACAUGUAGAGUUUGUUACCACUUGGUUAAGGCCAUACCUAGAACAAAGAAAACCAUGCUUGAAUCUGUUUGAAUCACAAGACCUGGGAGGGUGUAUUUGCGUUGCACAUGGUCCAAGCACCGCCCUAGAUACUCCGAGACCUCGCCUCUUUAGAAGUUGGGGGUGGGAUGUAAAUGAUAUCUGUUAUAAUACAGUUCAGGCCACGGUGAGGCGUGAGAGUUUCGUCCACAGUGAAAAACACUCACAACGAGUGUCCUCAAGUUCACGUAGUCGUUUGUGCCUGAUGUUACUGUCAUGUAUAGGGUGCACCCUCCAGAGCUACACAGCUGUUUAUUUAUUUUAUUUGAUGACGGCUCAUACAUUUGAUGCUCAUUAGUAGGAGAAAAUGUUAUACAAUAAAGGAAAGCAAGACAGUCCUACAUAUCCUUUUCAUGCUAUUGUAUUGACUCAAACCAUACAAUGCUAUUUUAGCUUAAAUCCAACAGGUCUAAUGAUGUACAAUGCAGUCCAAAGGCAUUUUUCAAGACUUCACAUAAACUUCUGCUAAACCCCCCUGAUAAUCUCUUAAAUUUAAUCUCACAACAAUCUUGAGUUAUUAUCAAAUAUUGAGGCCAUAGAAAAAUUGUCUAGUUGAUUAUAAACUUAUAAUAUAUGUUGUAUAAUGUUAUUAUAUAUAAUAAUUCAUUAUACUUUUGGCUUGAAGAGUUACCAGAAGAUAUGUGCCUUCACUUCUUUGGGGUGAUUUCACACUUGGUCCCUUUCAGCCAACUUUCUUUUACUCAGUGUGGUUGACUUUUUGUGCAGUGUGAAUUCUCCAAAGGAACGGAGACCCCGAAGCUAACCGAACUGAGACCAUCUCGAGAGAUGGUCUGAGUUUGAUUCGCUUGAAUUCUGCGGUCUGGUUCCUUUUUUUAGGGCAAUGUUAAGACAAAGCUCUCCAUGUUCGUUUGUAAAUAUUCCCACACCACACACUAGGCUACUGCAACAACAUUUUCCCUACCAUAAACCUUCACAUUAGUGCCACAAAAUAGAUAAUAUGAUGAUGUGCUGUUUUUGGAUAAUGAUUAGCGAUUGUCAAGGAUGAACAUAUGUGGAGUUUUGUACCAACACGAUGUUCAGAUUAUUUGUUUGCCAUAUGUGAUCUAUAGGCUGAGAAAGUUUCAUACGCUGUUUAUUCGAUUGUGGGGUUUGAAUAGUGUGAGAAGACAACAAUAUUUGGUGAGAAUCACAACAUAUGGUACAAAAUCAAUACUAGCUCCUAAAGAGAAAAGUACAUUGGGUGUACACCAAAUAUUGUUUGAGUCCCGCUUCAAAUGAUGUUCAGCCUAUAAAGACUUCAUAAUGCCUUCAUAAACACUAAAUAAAUGUGUUACAAAUCA